UUGGUACCUCAGUCGUCAGUGCACAGCACAGCUUUUGCGGACGCGUUGUGUAUAACUGUUUGUGCCCGGUUCAGUAAACUUCAGAUCACAAUGAGGGGUUUGGAGACCCUCGUCAUUCUCCAGCUGGUGUACAUCACCAGCUGCAUGGAUCAGCUACACAUAGUCUAUGAAUGGAAGCAGCUGGACUACCAGUUCCCCUCGCCAGAAGCGCGGCAGCAGGCCCUGGACUCCAAGAGUUUUGUGCCGGAGAACAACAUCCCCAUGGGGCUAGAAGUCUACGAGGAUAGGCUGUUUGUUACGGUGCCGCGGUGGCGGUACGGGGUGCCGGCUAGCUUGAAUUAUAUUAAUUUGAAAGACAACUCCACCAGAUCUCCAAACCUCAUCCCCUACCCAAGCUGGGCGGCCCACUCCACCGGGCUGGACGGGAGGCCGCCAGAGAUCGUGUCUCCGUUCCGAGUGCGCGCUGACCGCUGCGGCCGUCUCUGGGUCCUCGACAACGGCAAAAUCGGUAACUUGGAGAAGAAUACCACCAAAUACCCACCAGCUUUGAUCAUCUACGACCUGAAGACCGACAACCUCCUUCGCAAAUACGUCUUCCCUGAAGACCAGGUCAAGCAGGAUUCGGGCUUUGCCAACAUAGCUAUAGAAGACACUGAUUGUAAGAAUACGUACGCUUACGCCGGUGAUUUGGGUAAGCCAGCGAUCGUAGUAUACUCAUGGGAGAAGAACGAGUCAUGGAGGAUCACUCACCACUAUUUCCACCCUGACCCCUUGGCCUGUGACUUCAGUGUUAAAGGCCAGAACUUCAGUUGGACUGAUGCCAUCUUUGGCCUCGCUCUAUUAAAACCUACCACCAAUAGCAGCAACUUCAGCACGUUGUACUUCCACCCAAUGGCAAGUUUCGGUGAAUUCUCAGUCUCUACUGAGUAUUUAAGGAACCAGUCGGUAGCCGAGAGUAAUUUUAACGCCUUCAAACUCUUAGGAAACCGAGGCCCUAACGCCCAAUCCAGUGUAUCCUUCAUUGACCAAAAGACAGGAGUUCUGUUUUAUUCUUUAGUCAACCUAAACGCUGUUGCUUGCUGGAAAACCUCGAAUAAGGAGUACCUGAUGAAGAACCAAGGAAGAAUAUACAUGAACGAUGAGACAAUGGUGUAUCCCACGGACAUAAAGGUGGACUACAACGAUACCUUAUGGAUUCUUUCAAAUAAAAUGCCGAUUUGGAUGUACGAUAAAUUGGAUCCAAAUGAAGUGAAUUUCAGGGUGUUCUCAGCUCCGGUAUUGGACGCCAUAAGUCAUACGACGUGUGACAUAACAGCCAGAUACGAUAUAUUGGAUAAGUUUAUAAAUAAAGUGAAGAACACGACGAACAAAAUCGUGUCGAAGAUAAAGCCGAAUUCCUCUGCGGAGGUGCGGCCGAUGUCGUUCGUGACAAGCGUGCUGCUUAGUUGGCUUAUUGCUUUUGUGAUUUCUAAGUGAUUUAGUUUUAAAGCUAUUGAAAAUAUGUUGGGGUUACAAUGUGGUUGGAAGCCGUGGUUAAUAAAUGAUUUAUUAAAUAACACCUCAAUUGUAGGUAUAGGCUAAGCUUAGCGACAUUUCCGGCUUAAGUGUGUAUUCUAUACCAAAAAUAUGUUAUAAACUAUAAUUUUCUGAGCUAGAAAUACAAGCUAGAAUCUCCCCGAUAUCACGGCCUAAAUAGACCAAGAAAGGUCCACCUGUGAGACGAUAAGUAUUUAAGAAAUAUAAAAAAAUCUUAGCUUCAUAAAAAUCAUAACAAAUAUCGUAUUCUUGUAAUGUAUUAUUCAACCAAAAUGUAUGACUAGAGAUUAAUUGUUUAUUCGAUUUGUGUUUGUACGCAUUGUAACUCGAACAUAUUUUCCAUUUCUGUGAUUAAUCCGGCCAUAACGGAUAAUCCGUGAAAGCUGUUACCGCUUUAUUUAUUGUGAUUCAGAAUGUGUGUACUUAAAUUUGAAAUUUUGUUGAUAAAAGGUAAUGCGACCAAACAUUUCUGAUUUAUUGUAUGCGCUUUAAGUGAUAUUAUGUGUGAAAAUUAACAUAGUGGCAUGUACAGAGUAUUGUCUUUGUAAAUAUUAUUAAUAUUAUUAUAAUAUAGGUACUAAAAAAGA